AUGGUUGCAGAGGCAUUGCCGAGUAUUCACCGACACGCUUUAAACCCUAAAGAGUUAUUUUCUAAAGAAGAAAGUGGAGUAUGUGGUUUUUGUGGAGAAGACUUACAUGGAGAGGUUUACGCAUGUUCGCAGUGUAAUUUCACUGUGCAUAGUGGUUGCGCAGAGAAUCCACCAUCACGUGUGAUCAAUGCUGGCAAGAUCCAUGAUCAUUCACUCACCCUCUUACCCAGACAGCAUGUCACUUUCGCUUGCAAUGCUUGUGGACUAUAUGGAGAAGGUUCUCCUUAUAUGUGUCUUGAGUGUUCUUUCAUGAUCCACAAAGACUGCAUUGACCUACCACGCGUUAUAAAAAUAUCUCGUCAUCCCCACCGCAUUCACCAUACUUGCUUUCUUGGUCCUGGAGAAUGGAGUUGCGGAGUCUGUCGCGAGAAGAUUAACGGGAAAUACGGUGCUUAUCUUUGUAAGAUUUGUCCUGGUUAUGCUGUCCAUUCGAUAUGUGCAAGGAGAAAAGACGUUUGGGAUGGCGAGGAGCUUGAAGGUAUACCUGAAGAAGAAGAAGAAGAAGAAGAAGAAGAAGAAGAAGAAGGCUGGUGA